AAGUGACAUUUGGGUAUUUUAUUUUCGUAGAGUGUGUUUGUCAAAACGGCAAACAGACCAAAUUUUCCGAACGAAAGUUAUUAAAAUAAGUGAUAUUAGUGCAAGAAAACAAAUACACAAAAUGGCCCUAUCUUUACUUCUCCGUAACACUAUGAAGCUCAAUGGUGUUGGUCUUUUAAAGUCUGCUCGCAUUGUUCCACUGAAAUCGUUUGCAACUCUUGUUGCCAAACCAAAACCAGUAGUCAGUCUUGUAAAAAAUGUUAUGCCGGUGGCACGUACAUUUACACUAACCGCUCCUAAAAUGGUUGGUUUCAGCAACCACACUAUGUUGUGGAAAGCAGAGCGCAUUGUGUCCGCUGCUCUUUUGGGUAUAAUGCCAAUCGCUAUAAUGUUUCCAUCACAAACUCUUGAUGCACUUAUGGCUAUUUCUAUUAUUAUUCAUACCCAUUGGGGUGUUGAAGCCAUAAUCACAGAUUAUAUGCGUCCAAACGUGGUUGGCCCUAUGGUACCGAAAGUUUCUCACAUGGCAUUAAUUCUGGUUUCAAUUGCAUCAUUGGGUGGUUUAUUUUACUUAAUAUUCAAUGACAUUGGUAUCUCAAAGACAAUAAGGCAAUUCUGGGAAAUCAGUGGCUACGAUGGUGAAGUAGAUUAAACAAGAGAUAUUUAUUUUUUUUUUCGAAAUGACAAAUGUAUAACUAAAUUAUUUUAUUUUUUGUUAAAUAAUUGAAACUUU